AUGUCUGCUCCUAUCAUCCGCUCUCGUCGCACCCUACAUGGUUUACUCCUUGCGCUUGUGUUCAUCUAUGUUUUGUUUCUCACCUCAAAACAUGUCGGCCAAUCGCAGGGUGAAGUCAGGCACGAAACAGUCAAUGACAAGCUACCCGUCGAAUCCGACGCACCGAGCCGUUCUGAGCCUGACCGAGUUCCCGAAGACCCUUAUAUCAAGGACCCGGCCUGCUCAUGGAUGCCAGAUUCUUCAAAAAUAUUGGUCAUAAUGAAGACUGGAGCCAGCGAGGCCUUCAACAAAGUCCCGACGCAGCUGAUGACCAACCUACGGUGCCUCUCCGACUUCUUGAUAUUCUCAGACAUGAAGCAAACCAUCGCUGGGUUGGAUAUUCUGGAUAGUCUCGAUACUGUGCUGCCAGAAGCCAUGAAAGACAAUGAGGAUUUCGAGCUUUACCAUCGACAGAAGUCCUGCCUAGUGGGCCAAGAACAUUGCAACAGUGCCGCCGACAACUCGGCCAGCGGAGCUGGCUGGGAACUCGAUAAAUACAAGAACGUCCACAUAGCGGAGAAGGCCUUUUCCAUGCGUCCAGACUAUGACUGGUAUGUUACUAUCGAUGCCGACACGUACCUCCUGAUACCGAACCUGGUACAAUGGCUCAGCACACUGGAUUCAAAGAAGAAAUGGUAUCUUGGAAGCGCCGCCUCAUACCAAGGGUUUCCAUUCGCACACGGUGGUAGUGGUUACAUACUUUCACAUGCAGCUUUGCAGGACUUUGCGGGCAACCAUCCCGGUAUCGCAAAUCAAUACGACACGAAAAUAAAAGAGGUCUGCUGCGGUGACUACAUGCUUGCACAGGCACUCAAGGAUACUAUAGAUCUUGGAAUCAAGAACGUCUGGCCGACGAUCAAUGGCGAGAAGCCAUUCACGAUGCCGAUCGGACCCCGGCAGUUUUGUGAACCUCUAGUUACCAUGCACCACCUCAGCUCCGAGGAAAUGUCUUCGUUCUGGGAGUUCGAGCAGCGAUUUUACGAAUCACAGAAACCCGGACCGGACCGUACUCUACGGGUGAAGGACGUAUUUCACGAGUUUGUCAAGCCCCGCCUUCAAGAAAAGCGCGAAGACUGGGAUAAUCUGAGCGAAGACUGGUUCUACUUCGACCCUGAGGAGAGAAACGACCAUACAACCCGCCAGAAAAACCGCCGUAAAAAGGACAGGCUCACGGACCUCGAGAAGGUCGCACACAAGAGCUAUGAAGACUGCAGCAAGAUGUGCGACUCCAAAGAAGAAUGUUUCCAGUUCCGUUUCGAGUAUGGCGUCUGUUCCUACGGGAAGGAUGUCGUUAUUGGAAACCCGAGGAAGAAGAGCAAGGACGAGAAGAGGAGAUGGAUGAGUGGCUGGAAAGUGGAAAGGGUAGAGGCUUGGUUGGAGAAAAAUGAUAAUUGCGAACAUGGCCUCUGGGCAGAACCGCAUUGA